AUGCUCGACGACAAGGACGCCGGGGGCGUCGUCGGCCAGCGCAAUCGCUCCUUCGGCCGCGCCGGGAGCAGGGACUCCCACUCCCACGCCCACGGCCAUCACCGCCGGAGCAGCAGCGGUGGGAGCUCAGGCUCAGGUUCCGCCUCCCAUCUCAGGUCCCUCUCGUGGAGCGUCUCCCGCACCUGGUCCGCCACGCGCCAGCUGCAGGCGAUCGGGGGAGGCCUCACCGUGCCCCGCGCGCAUGACAUCACCGCCACGGGAGGCCUUGCUUCCGCCGUCUACACCAUGGCCGCCCUGCUGUUUGUAGUCUCCUGGGCGCUUGUCGCAGCAAUCCCAUGCCAGGACCGCGGCCUCCAGGCGCACUUGACUGCAGUGCCCAGGAGCUUCCCCUGGGCCGGCCCCGUCAUGACGCUCUUCGACCGCAUCCUCGACGAGUCUAAGAAGAAGGACCGCAAGCACUCCUGCGGUUUGCUCAAGGAGAUCCACCAGAUUGAGCGGUGCUCACGGCAGCUGAUGGAGGCCACUGACGCUGCGGAGUUCCCGUUGGCCGAGGAGAAGGAUGCUGAGGUGAAGGAGGCCGCGCUGGAGCUGGUGCAGGUGUGCGAAUCCCUCAAGGACGGCCUUGACCCGCUUGAGCGCCAGGUGCGGGAGAUGUUCCACAGGGUUGUGCGCACCCGGACAGAGAUCCUUGACUACCUCAGUAGGCCGCACAACGCUGGGUGA